AUGGCCCCCAAGACCCUCCUCCUCGCCCUCGGCGCCGCUCACUUUGCGUCCGCCCACUUCGGCCUCGCCUACCCGUCAUGGCGCGCCGAUACCCUCAGCGGAACGAACUUGACGGGUUACUCGCAGUGGACAUACCCCUGCGCCGGCGUACCCUACGGCAGGGGAAACGUAACAGACUGGCCUCUCGAUGGCGGCUCUAUCGAGCUCGACCUGCACCACGCCUGGACCUACGUCUUCAUCAACCUCGGCCUCGAGUCCGGCGGCAACGUCACGACGCACAACAUCACCCUCACCCCGCAGUUCUGGAACGCCACCGGCUCCGGCACCCUCUGCGUCGAGAAGCUUCCGCUGCCGACACCUGCAAAGGACGGCCAGAGGGGUAGCAUCCAGGUCGUGACUGUCGGCGAGUCUGGAUCUGGACUGUACAACUGCGCCGAUAUCCGCUUCACUUCGAACGCCACCACCCUCCCCUCGGAUCAGUGCAAGACCGAGGGCGUGACUGUCCACACUAUCCAGGAGCAGAGCGCCAACGGCACCAGCGGGAACAGCACCGGCAACUCCACCACCGGUGGCGGUUCCAGCGGCGCGGCGGGCAGUGGAGCCCAUAUGCUCGCCCUCUCAUCCGUCGUCGGUCUCAGCAUGGCAUUCGUCUUUGGCAUGAGCGUAUGA